CGCGAUGUUUCAAUCGUGUUGCACGUCACGUUACGACUGAUGGCUCACGAUUUUCUGAACCCAAAAUGAUAGAUCCUUUAGCUUGCAGCGAGGAGCAAGUUUGGCCCUCAUCUCACUAAAGUCUUGAGCUAUUUUGUUUCUCGAGGCGUUUUCUUCAUUACCCAUGUCCUUCUCUCCUUUGCUGCUUUAACUCGAAUAACAAGGUCCUCUUUCGGGCCCCCUUAAAGGCUUCAUGGAGAUAAUAAUUUCACCUUACGAAUGCAACAACGAAGUGAGAACUAGUAUACUUGGUAUACUUUUACCGUCAGGUCAGUGACACUUACCAGAAAAGCAAUACCUAGACCUAAAUUGCCGUUCACAGCAUCUGCUUCUAACAUUUGAUUUCAUGUAAAAAUUAUUAUGUAAUAUAGCGUUGAUGGAGUUGAUGAGUUUCUCUUGCUUCAGCGUAUAUUCAUACUUUAGACACAGUAUUCCAAAUGUGCAAGUUUUUUGUCUGUAUCUUAUCCAAAGUUGUGAAAUUCCUAUAAAGGAAUACGAGGAAGUUCAUGUAAAAUCGAUUAUCUGUGCAAAGACAGUCGCAUUCACAAGGACGAAUUGGGUGUGGUUCAUUUUUGAUCAACAGAGGAUUCAAACCCUUCUAAUUUCCCACCGAGACUCGUCAGAGACAAGAACCCUCCUCUUCGGGAAAAAUUUACAUGAACAAUUCCAAAUCAAUUAAUAGUCAGCAAUGCCAUUUCCUAGCCUUUUUUUUUUGUCUUAUUGGAAGGUUAUUGCAGGCAUUUAUAACCUAAUUAGAAACUAAAUAGCUAAUAUAGUGCUACCUGUUUUUUUAGAACCACGGAUAUCUUAAAUUAGCAGAUAGAGGUGAUGAGAGGCCGCAAGCGAAUUUUGUCCUUAGCAAUCAAACGGUUCGCUAUAACGUUCAAUUCGUUUCAAUCAGUCAAAUUAUUAUUUUUUUCUCUUAAUCUUUAAAUUCUCAGUAACUGAAAUCACCUAAAAAAGUUUUCGUUGUUGUUUUCAUUGCUAUUAUUCAAUAUCACUUUUAGCUGACGAGACAACUAGUGGCCUUGAUUCUCUAAUCAGGUUCCGUAUCCAAGUCACAUAACAGGGUCAUGUUUUUGGUUCGGAUCCAGAAUCGACUUUUUCUUUCACAAACGGGGAUUCCAUCCGUAGCCAUAAAACAACGCAGUCAAAAGGCAAUUAAGUCUAAAUGCGUCGUCAAGCACUUUUUGCCAAACCAAAAUCUACUUGGGUUUUCUUAGAACUUUAGUUAAAGGGAGAAAACAAUAAAGAUUAUGUUGGUAUAUGAAGCAACUUUCAAGCUACCAUGGAUGAAUUCUCUGAUAAGGAUUUUUGCGGUAAAUAAAUGGAAACUUGACGGCAAAUACUCAGCACUGUCUAGGCCUUUGGAGAACGACAUUUAUUGCAUCUUGCGGCAGUUACAUCACAGGUCGUAAAAUUUCCUAAUUUAUUCAAUAUAGGCAACAAUAUGGGAUUCUCUAAUCGUCACAAAGCAACAUUUUCCCAUAUAGUUUGAUACGCUUGUCGCAGAACGUAUGCCAAACUCUCUCUUUGCUUGAUUUAAUGCAUUGCAACUUAACGUCGUCGUACAUAAGCCGAAGGAUAGAAUUUCACCCGAAGCCUCGAGGGAAUGGAGGGAAUUUUCCGCUCACAAAGUAUUAUUCUUCAUUUGUGUUUGUCGAUUUUGCUUUCCUUUUUAUUGGUGAAAGGAGGAAAUAAUCUUAGGUUUAAGCCAACACUCUCAACCCUCAUAAAGCUUAAAGAAAUAAUUAUGUUUUUGAUAGAUUGCCAAAUUUUCUUCUUAAAUGAAAGAGAUGACUCGGUAUCUUUUUCAAUAUUAAGUCACACUGCCACUAAUGCGAUAAUAUAUACUAGGUUUAGUUAUUAUAUAGUUUUGGCAGAACAAAAGGCGAGAAUAUAUUUAAUUUAGUUUAGGUUAAUUCAUUUUGAACGAAAAGUAAGCGCGACAUUCGGAUUCCGGAGAACACACAUGCCAUCUAGUGGUUAAAAUUGCAACGUUUUGAACCCGGAAGCAGACGACGUUUCUUGACAAUCUCAGUCCGGAGUUCGGUCUCUAAUUCACGGGAUAGUUCAAAGAAAUGAAAUCAAAAUAACACAAUAAUUCUUGUGGACUUUUGUGAUUAUUGUAGAAUUGGAUGGCCAGUAGGGAAAAUGGCAGACAGUUGUUUUCUCUUUUGUGUUUUUGUCUUGAUAGUCAUUUUCUUGAAUGUUCAUACGACUCACGGAUAUUAUUAUGAUAAAGGCCCAGUACAAACGUUAACUAAAUGCCCAGGAUAUUAUUGUGGCCGACAUCAGAUUCCAGCUGAAAAUGGAACCAGUAUAUGGAGCUCUUGUGGUUCAUGUCCAAGAGGUUCACGGGUCAACAGUACCUGGGCAUGCUCGGAUUGCAACAGUUCCCCGACUGUUUAUGAUUGGAUGUAUCUUUGCUUCAUGGUAGUUGUAGGUUUGCUAGCACAGUGGUACAGUAUAGAUAUGAUGACACCAAACUCUCAGUUUUCUUGGAAAACAUUUGGUACACAUUUGUCUGCAUUCAUUGAGACUUGUCUUUCAGCUUCCAUCACAUUGCUGAUUCAUGAGCCAUUUGGUUCACUACAGUUAAAAUCCUGUGCCGUGGAGCAAUUAUCUGACUGGUACACUAUUUUGCACAACCCUAAUCCUAACUAUGAGGAAGUUUUGCAUUGUGCCCAAGAAGCUGUAUAUCCAUUGUACAGCAUAGUUUUCAUCCAUUACGGACUGUCGGUAUUUAUGCUAUUCAUCAUCAGACCUUGGAUGAAUAGAGCGUUUCACAACAGAGGUCAUUCUGCAUCGAGACCAACUUAUGCAGCUCUCUAUUUGUUUCCUAUAUUAGCCUUGAUCCAUGGAGUUAUGGCCGGAUUAAUCUAUUACGCCUUCCCCUCCAUUAUAAUUCUGCUAUCACUCAUGAGCCAUGCAUUUCACUUUGCCUCAAGAUCCGAUCAGUCGUGGAGAGCGCUACUUUACGAAACAGUUUCGUGCAUCCAUAAUUUGGUUGUGGUGAUUGGACAUUGGAUGUUGCACGGUUUUGGCUUGGUGGCCCUGACUUUGUGGUUGCAACCUCAGCUGUUGGCUGGAAUUCUUACCCUCGUCCCUUUACCAACUUUCCUCUACAUCAUUCUUUCUCGUUUCACUGAUCCCGGGAAAUUCCAUUCCGAUUAAUGAUCGCCUCCCAGAUAUUGAAAAGAAAUAUGUUUCGUUUUUAAGAAAUAUUUUCAUAUUUCUAUGUAAAUAAUAUCAUGUGUUUGAAUUUUAUUCAACAUCAAACUGUUUGAAAGUAA